UCAUCGGCCAGCUCAUUUUCGGUCGCCCCCGCAUUACCGGCGCCCUCAAAACCACUACUCGGGCGUAAAGGACUACAACGUACGACCCCCGCGAGUCAAAUCUGCACCAUGGCAACUCUCUCAGCGUUUGUCGCGCCAUUCCAUGAGUCAACCGCGACAUUCAAGGACGAUAUCUUCAAGGGCAAGGUUCUCUUCUGCACGGGUGGAGGCUCGGGCAUAUGUAGAGGGAUGACUGAAGCCAUUAUGAAGCACGGUGCCAAGGCUACCAUUGUUGGUCGUAACCUCGAGCGACUAAACAAGGCCGCCGAGGAGCUCUCUGCCUCUACCGGGCAAAAGUGCUUACCUGCGCAAGCCGACGUUCGCCAACCAAAAACCCUGCAAGACGCUGUACAGAAGACGAUUGAGGCGUUUGGAAGGAUUGACUUUGUGAUUUGUGGUGCUGCAGGCAACUUCCUGGCGCCAAUUUCUGGCUUGUCGGAGAAUGCGUUCAGGACAGUAAUCGAAAUCGACACACUGGGAACUUACAACACACUCAAAGCCACUAUCCCACAUGUGAGGAAGACGAAAGGCGCGUAUAUCCAUAUCAGCGCUACGCUGCACUACCGAGGAACCCCAUUCCAAGCUCACGUUUCUGCUGCCAAAGCCGCUGUAGACGCUCUUUCCACGGUUAUAGCGGUCGAAGAAGGUCCCCAUGGAGUCCGUUCCAAUGUGCUCGCGCCGGGCGCUAUUUCUGGCACUGAAGGAAUGGAUCGGCUGAGCGCCAAGGGGCCUGAUGCAGGCAACAGAGACAUGUUGUACCCACUGGGCCGACCGGGAAUUAUCGGCGAUGUCGCAAAUGCUGGCGUGUUCUUAUUCAGCCCAGCGGCUACCUAUAUCAGUGGUCAGGUGUUUGCGGUCGACGGGGCGCAAGAGCAUCUGCGCAGUUUGGUUAUCCCCUACCCUCUCUCGGUGCUGGAGCCGAAGAAGAUUCAGGACAUGAUCAAGGGUAAAUUGUAG